CCUCUCUCCGCUCCUUCUUUGCUCACUCUCUCUUAUUUCCCUGUGGCCCUCCCCCCUCCCUUUUGCACGUUUCCCCCUCCCUCCAUCCUCUCUUUCCCUCGCUGGCUCAGUUAGUCAAAGAACAGAUUCACGGAAGGAGAGAAAAGGGGGGGGAAAGGCAGGACGAGAGUGAGAGUGCAGGAGUGGGGCAGGCUGGGGAGAGGGGCGUGGGGUCUCAGCCCUCUGUCGUGGGGGGUUGGGGGGGUUGAGAUACACCCCGAUAUUUGUUCAAAGUACCAUGGACUGCCUCUGCAUUGUGACUACCAAGAAGUACAGGUACCAGGAUGAGGAGACGCCCCCCCUAGAGCACAGUCCAGCACAUCUGGCUUCAGGGAAAAGUGCCGAGAUGCUUCACAUGAGUGACAAGAAUCUCGCCGCCAUGGAGGCCAUACAUGGCUACACGCCACACACGCACAUCUCUCCUGUCAAGCCUGUGUUGAUGUCUUCGGGACACACUCCAAUGUACACCUCCGCUGUUUCCACACUGGGAAAUACUCCUCCAGUGGUGGUGAACACUGACACGCUCGAUGGCUCCCCAUACGUGAAUGGGACAGAAGGGGAAAUUGAAUACGAGGAGAUCACACUGGAGAGAGGUAACUCCGGCCUUGGCUUCAGCAUAGCAGGAGGGACAGACAACCCUCAUGUGGGCGACGACCCCAGCAUCUUCAUCACCAAAAUCAUACCUGGAGGAGCCGCGGCUCAGGACGGGCGGCUGAGCGUGAAUGACUGCAUCCUAUUUGUGAACGAUGUUGACGUGAGGGAAGUGACACACAGCCAGGCCGUGGAGGCCCUUAAGGAGGCAGGUGCUAUCGUCCGCCUCUACGUCCUCCGCAGGAAACCAGCAGCAGAGAAAGUCACUGAAAUCAAACUAAUCAAAGGGCCUAAAGGAUUAGGGUUCAGCAUCGCUGGAGGGGUGGGAAACCAGCACAUACCAGGAGAUAACAGCAUCUAUGUCACCAAGAUCAUUGAAGGCGGAGCGGCUCAUAAAGAUUGUCGCCUUCAGAUCGGGGACAAGAUCUUAGCGGUGAACAACGUGUGUCUUGAGGAUGUGAUGCACGAGGAUGCGGUGGGGGCUCUGAAGAACACAGCCGAGGUGGUGUACCUCAGGGUGGCCAAGCCCAACAACCUGUUCCUGACCAACUCCUACAACCCGCCUGACCUCACCAGCACAUAUUCCCAUAUGGACACUGAACUCAGCCACCCCAGCUAUCUUGGGUCAGAUUACCCACAAGCCCUCACUCCCACCUCACCUAGUCGGUUUUCUCCGGUUCUGCAUGGCAUGAUGGGAGAUGAUGACAUCCCCAGGGAGCCUCGUAGAGUUUUGAUCCACCGAGGCUCUACUGGUCUGGGAUUCAACAUUGUGGGAGGGGAGGACGGAGAGGGUAUCUUUAUCUCUUUCAUCCUGGCAGGGGGGCCGGCUGACCUCAGCGGAGAGCUGCACAAGGGCGACCAGAUCCUCAGUGUGAACGGCGUGGACCUGCGCAUGGCCACGCACGAACAGGCCGCUGCGGCAUUGAAGAACGCCGGCCAGACGGUGACCAUCAUCGCUCAGUACAGACCGGACGAAUACAGCCGUUUCGAGGCUAAGAUCCAUGACUUGAGGGAACAGCUGAUGAACAGCAGCAUGGGCUCUGGCACCACGACGCUAAGGAGCAACCCUAAGAGAGGCUUCUACAUCAGGGCUCUUUUUGACUAUGACAAGACUGCGGACUGUGGCUUUCUCAGCCAGGCACUGGGCUUCAGGUUUGGGGAAGUGCUGCAUGUGUUGGACUGCGGUGAUGAGGAUUGGUGGCAGGCCCGUAAGGUCUGCCCCCAAAACGAAGCCGAGGAGGUCGGCUUCAUCCCGAGCAAGCACAGGUCAGACUUUUCCCUGGUGGAAAGAAAAGAGUGGUCUCGUGUUAACACCAAAGAGAGGGACCAUGGUCGAGACAGCUUGGGCCCUCAAGGCAGAGAUAAAACCUCACAAAGUUAUGAGACUGUCACUCAAGUGGAAGUUCAUUACGCGAGGCCCAUCAUCAUACUGGGUCCCGUGAAAGACAGGAUAAAUGACGACCUGUUGUCUGAGUUCCCUGAUAAGUUUGGAUCUUGUGUCCCACACACCACGCGGCCCAAGCGGGAGUACGAGGUGGACGGACGCGACUAUCACUUUGUGUCGUCACGGGAACAGAUGGAGAAGGACAUCCAGAGCCAUCGGUUCAUCGAGGCGGGCCAGUACAACAGUCACCUGUACGGGACCAGUGUCCAGAGUGUCCGCGAGGUGGCUGAGCAGCAGGGGAAACACUGCAUCCUGGACGUGUCGGCCAACGCUGUUCGCAGACUACAAGCAGCUCAACUUCAUCCCAUCGCCAUCUUUGUCCGGCCCAAGUCUCUGGAAAACGUCCUAGAGAUCAACACUCGACUGACAGAGGAACAGGCCAGGAAAGGAAUGGACCGAGCCCUCAAACUAGAACAAGACUUUCUAGAGUGUUUCUCGGCUGUCGUGGACGGGGACAGCUUUGAAGAGGUUUAUCACAAAGUAAAGACAGUGAUCGAGGAGCAGUCAGGGCCUUAUAUCUGGAUCCCCACCCGGGAGAGGCUGUGAUGCUGCAACCCGCCCGAGCCGCCGCCCCCUCCCCCCUCCCACCUCCCCCCCCCACCACCUCCACUUUCACACGACCACCAGACAGACACCACCCUCCACCCUCAUGGCCGAGCCGGCCCCCGCCUGCCUGUCUGUCCUCCAGCAAAGUCAGUGCAUAGGCAAUCACUGAGAACGGCACCGAGAGACAAAUGCACAUCGAGAAAGACGCAGAAGUGACACCGCGAAGCGACGAACAAUGCCAAAAAAAGAGACCCUGAGACCGAGGUGAACGCAGCGAUGUGUAAUUACACUGCAAGAGACUGAGGGAAAAGAAUUAGCCAGUGUUCCGCUUUAGUGAAGCAGUUCCAAGGCCGUGUUCACGCUCAGCAUUGAAAUGCAUCUUAGGCCACAAGCGGACAACUCCAAAUCGAAACUGGGGACGCAAACGUCCUGAACACAGUUGGUUUUGUGUUGUCAAAAAUCGUAGUAUGUAACGUGUAUUUAUUAUUUCCUUGUUUAAACGCAGUUUCCCAACAGAUCGAAAAGCAAAUGUGAAGCGAAAUCCAAUCACAAGCGAUUACUUGAGGGAUCUCGGAUGCAUUCUGAUGCCACGUGUGAACCGCGGUCCGCCCGGAUCUCAACACCGUCGGGACACAAGACAACAGGUCUGAACACGGCUUGAAGGAGUGUAGGGUGACCCAGCAGGGAAGGACCCUGAGGUAUUAUUAAGACCACUUCAACCUCUCACGCUCCCAUUGAACACCUCCAUGCGCCUACGUCUAGAUGGAGGCGCCCGAAUAGACUCCGGCCUCUCUUUUUAUAUCAACUCCUGGCUUUCUGUCCUCCUCUUCCUGUCAGCUCUGCCUUGUUUUCAGGACAGGAAAUGGGGAGAAGACUGAGAACGAGGUGCCGAGUCCCUCUCGAGGAGGUAUCUUUCCUCAGCAAAGUGUCCCCUUUUUCUGGUCUAUCUCCCCUUGGUUCUGAGUGUGAACUCAGAAUAACACCUCAGUGGCCAAGACUGACGUUUGCUCUACCACCCAUGUUGAAUAUCGCGAGGCAUUAUUUAGAGGGAGUUGAAAUAAUUAUAAUCAUUAAAGAAACACUCAUAUGCUGAAUUUGUGCAUGCAUACUCAAAGACAAUGGCAACAGGAGACAAAGAACUGAAAAAAAUGAAAAA